UAGCUCAGACUACAGCCAGAGAAACGCUUGAUUAAUAACAGGCUCCACCUAAAUUGGUCUUAAUGCUGCAGAGCCUCUACUUUAAUACUUAACCUAAGUCAGCUUCUAUGUGGAAGUCUGAAUGAUGUUUUUAAACAGACCUGGUCAAUGCAUGCAUGUGCUCCACUGGAGGUCAGCCAGAUUAUUUCUCUUUCCCUCACCAGAUCGAGUUUUCCCCAGCAAUCCCGGAAAGCUUUCAGAAACAAAGGGUGAUAUCUUCAUGGAAACCAUCACCAUUCCUUCAAUAGCUUCGAGUGUCGGGGCAAGGGAGCGCCGUGCGGUCUGGAGGGCCCUCCUGCAUAAAGGACCCCCGUUGAAACAGACCAACACAGCAGCCAAUCAAAACAGGGAACCUUUCCGGGAAUAUCGGCAUGACCUCAGAGGAUCACGCAGUCAUCCACAGGGUCAGCGGAUGCGUGUGGGAUGCGUCCUCGGCACAUGCCAGGUACAAAACCUCAGCCACCGUCUCUACCAGCUGAACGGCCCACACGGACGGCAAGAUGCACCAAUCAAUCCCAGAAGUCCACAUAGUUAUGGAUAAGACUAUGACCGCACAGCAAAAACCUAUCCAGAAAUGAGACAACAGAAGACCACCGACACCAGCGGGGAACAAACUCAACAAAUGGUGUAAUCAAUUGACAGGUGUGCUGUCAUGAGAAAUCAUAUUCUCUUGAUCGCUUGAAAUAAGAGUUCAAAGUGCUUACUGUAACGUCCCCUAAACAAGCAUCUGUUAAAGCAACUCCUUACGAACGUCUGCAACUCUGACGUCAUCUAACAUUAACACACAGUAUGAUCGCCAAGAUUAACAUGCAAGCUUCUAUUUCAGUGUUCAGAAACUUAGCCUGGCCUGGUUUUUGCAAGAAAUUGAUUAGUAUUUACAUUUCGAUUUUCACCGCAAUGUCUGAACUGUCUGAGAGCUGCUUCUUCAGCCUGGACAGUUGAACUCAGGUCAGUUCAGACAAUGCGGUGAAAAUCAGAGAUAAAGAAAACCAUAUACUGUUCAGUUUCUUGCACAGACCGAUCAUUUUGUGUCUUUACACAUCAAUGAAUCGU